GGCCGGUGUACAUCCAAUAUAAUAUUUAGUAUGUCUUCAGAGGCGUUUUCGCGCGUAAUGCUCUCCGUCCGUUCGGCCGUCCAUCCGCAGCACAACACUUUUUACGCGUGUGCGUUACCGCGUUAUUCCUAUUAUUGUAUGUGUUAGAUUAACAAUGACAAACAGACAUGGUUAGCGAGUGGUGGGCACUGACGUUGAUACUGUCUGUAGCCUACGGACACGCGCCUUGUCAACACUUGUAUGGUGGGUGUGCAUACAACGAGCCUUUCGUGCCUGCGCCCGUCGGUCAGGUCCCCAGGUGUGUUCAUCACUACAAUGGUGACGUCACGUUUUGUGAGAAAAUAGACAGAUACCCAGAGCGACUGAUUAGCUAUCUGGUGAUGAAAACGGACAAAAACUUCAAAACAUUUUUUAACGAAGAAAAAGUAGUUGAUAACCCGUAUUAUAGAAAUCAUAACCAAUACAACGAUACUCAAAUCGAUUUUGCCGGUUAUCCUGAUAGAACGUAUCACUUACCAGCUGAUAUUUCCUUAACCGAGACUCCUUCGAAUCCAAACCAAAACUUCCAAUGGCAAUCCAGUCAAAGUCAGGGUGGUUACAAAAGGCGGAAAAGACAAGAAGAUUCGGAUCAGCUGUGCCAGGUCAACAUAAACAAUGUUUACCCUAGGGCUGCUUUGAACACACAGGGUGAAUGGAAAUACGUAGUCAACAUGGUCAGGACGCCUUCCGAUAUGUAUACACAGUCCAUAAGAUCGGAAAUUUGUGCAGCUCCGGAACAGCCAUGCAAUGGUAUUUGCGACCCACCGUUCGGGUUCACUACGACAUGCAAACAGAAGUAUGUCCAAAAACGGUUGGUAGCAUUGCAAGGGACCGGAGAUAAUUUGUAUGUAGACGUUUUCUGGUUUCCACAUUGCUGCUCCUGUACCAUUGGCAGAGUCGAACAAUAAAAAAUAAAAAAGACAUAAUUUUAUAUUUUUGCAACUGGUUUAUUUGCAUUGAAAAAAUGAAUUUGUGUACCGACAAAAAAUAUUUUUAUUUAAUAUGACUCAUUUGCAUACGAUUAUUUAACUAUUUUUUAAUAUACUACUUUUGUGUGUAAAAAUUAAUACGUUUAUUAGAAUAUAAUGUUUUAUGAUAUUGUAUUAAGUAUGAAUUUACGGAUAAAAACUUUAUUCUUGUAAUGCUCCUCUCUAUA